AUGCGUCUCGUUGAGAGGUUCUGGACGACAGUCGUCUAUCUGGUUACCUUUGGCUCCGUCUCUCCAUACAAUGAUCAACAGACGCCGCUUGUGGCCUCUUCAGGCGGACGGCACCCCGAAAAUGCCAAAGGUCCAAUCUUCAAACCUCCUGGUGGCCGUCUUGAUGGUCCUGGGUCCGAUUUCCUUUGCGACUACCGGAACAUGGUCGGAUGGAGCCCUUGCUCCACUCCAGACAAUCGAGAAUGCUGGUUAAAGAAUGACCACACUGGCCAGGAGUACAACAUUCACACAGAUUACGAAGACAGCAACCAGACCCCAGUGGGUGUACAUCGUGCCUAUUACAUGAACAUCACCGAUGGUUGGAUCAAUGCCGAUGGAUUGAACUUUAUGGAAGGCAAAUUCUUCAAUGGAACGUACCCUGGCCCUUGGAUCCAAGCUUGCUGGGGUGAUCCCUUUCACGUCUCUGUCUGUCUGCUGACCACCACAUGGAAUGUUACAAUCGUCGUCAAGAACCAGCUCAAGAAGAAUGGCACUAGCGUUCAUUGGCACGGCAUUCGACAAUGGCUGACUAUGCAUAUGGACGGUGUUAAUGGUGUCACUCAAUGCCCCAUCGCCCCUGGAGACACGUUCAACUAUACUUGGAGGGCGAUGCAGUAUGGUGACUCGUGGUACCACAGCCACUAUUCGGUACAGUAUGCCGAUGGCGCAGCUGGCCCUAUUGUAACAUCCUAUGAUGAGCCAAAAAUGCCGUUACUGCUGACUGAUUGGGGGCAUAACAGUGCCUUUGAGGCCAUAUGGACCAAUAACCUGACAGACCCGAGUAUUCUGCUCAAUGGGCGCGGGAAUGUGACUCGAUACAACAACAAGGUGCACAAUGAAACUGCCAUUCCAACUCCAUACACCAUCACGUUCGAUCCUUCAACCAAAGGCAGAGCCAAACGCUACCUGCUGCGUAUUAUCAACGUCUCGUUCGAAUCAACCUUCGUCCUUUCGAUUGACAAUCACCUGCUACAAAUCGUCGGCGCCGACUUUGUUCCAAUACAUCCCUACUUUAACACGUCUGUCCUUGUUGGCAUUGGUCAGCGCUACCACGUUAUCGUCACAGCAGACCCUUUUGCAAAUCCUGGUAAUCCGAUACCCAAGGAUGGCAACUAUUGGAUCCGUACCUGGCGUGCCAACUGCUUCUUCUUUCCCCAGGGUGAUGACGGCUACGAAAGAGCAGGAAUUCUGCGAUAUGAUAAUACCUCCAACGCUCUUCCAAGCACUCUCCCGUGGAGCUCGAAUCCCUACGGAAAUAUCUCAACACGCUGCUCGGAUGAGACUUACUCGAGUUUGAAGCCUAUCGUACCUUGGACCAUCGGACCGGCAGCAAAUGCCCCUCCGGACCAAGUUGGGGAGAGCUUCGCGGUGCAAUUGCAGAAAUCUCCUAAUAUUUUCCCGCUCGCGCUCUUCUCUGUGGGCGCUGACGACUUCAUCCCCCUACAGAUCGACUACAGCAGCCCGACUUUUCUCAAACUAGGAUAUAAGGGGAAAUGGGAUGAUCGUGCGGUCGUGAUCCCAGAGAAUUACACAGAUACGGAUUGGGUCUACAUGGUCAUCAAAGGCAGGAAGUUAUAUAGCAAUUCGACUGGAGCACAUCCGAUUCACCUUCAUGGGCACGAUUUUGCGAUCUUGCAGCAGAUUGAGAAUGCAACAUAUCCCGACAGGCUUGACCUCAAACGAGACAAUCCACCCCGCCGCGACGUCGUUUUCCUGCCUGAUAGUGGCUACGUCGUGAUUGCCUUCAAGACCGACAACCCCGGGACCUGGCUGCUGCAUUGCCACAUCGCUACGCAUGCCUCUUUCGGACUGGGGUUGCAGAUUCUGGAACGCCAGAAGGCUGCGACGGACAUCUGGCCGUCUCUGGACCAGUCUGAGGCUCUUCGCACCGCUCAGGCUGGAUGUGACCGCUGGAAUCAAUGGUGGGGAGAUUGCAAGAACUGGUGGAAUGCUACUGGGACCGAUUCAAGUUGCGGAUUGGGCAAUGACGGGUUUUCGCCAGAUUCGGGUAUCUGA